AUGGAGCAAACCCGCGCUCUCAACGCUCUGGCACCCUUCCUCGCCCUCGCCAAGUCUGCCACAUCUCCACGAGCAGCAGUCGAUCUCAUCACCCAAGCCACUUCAGCACCCAACACCUACGUCUUCGCCGAGCUCCUCCACCAAUCAAAUAUCCAGGCAUUAGCUAACGAUGAACAACACGCCUUCCACCUCGAACUACUAAAAGUCUUCGCCUACGGCACAUGUGAGAGCUACAAUGGUUCGUCACCAACACUCCAACCACAUAUCGUGAUAGCUAACACCCACCCUCCACCAGCAUCAACCUCCACCCUCCCACCCCUCUUCCCCGCCCAGAAAACAAAACUCCGCCUCCUAUCCCUCCUCUCCAUCGCCGCCCAAAAGCAUCCCAACCUCACCUACCCCUCCCUCUGCGCCCGUCUCUCCUUGGACUCAGCCAUCGACCUCGAACACCUAGUAACCCAGGCAAUCUAUAACGACCUCCUAAGCGCCACCCUAAACCCUGCCUCCCAAACCGUGGUCAUCACUUCUGUGGCACCGUUGCGCGAUUUAGCGCCUGGAAGCGUGGGGGAUAUGAUUGCUGAAUUGGGUGCUUGGAGCGGGAGGUGUGAGGCUGUGCUUGGGGAGUUGGAGGCUGAGGUUGCGAAGGUGAAGGCGGAGGCACGGAGGAGGAACAUGGGGGAGGCGAGGACGGAGAGGCAGGUUAGUGGGGUUAAUGAGGAGGGGGGUGCGGGGAAGGGUGCUUCUGGCGGUGGUGGUGGGAAUGUUUUGGGUGAUGGAAGGGGUGGGAGGAUGUUGAGGGGCUCGGGUGGUGGCGGGGGGAGGAAGUUGGGAGAAGGGGAUGAGGAGGAGGAGGAUGAGGGGGAUGCGAUGGAUUUGGACGGUGGGAAUGGAGUUGUGGGUGGGAGGAAGAGGAGUGGAGGGUUGAUGGGCAAGUUGGGGGGUGGGAGGACUGGGAGAUGA